CAUUGCGUAGCGCGCUCUGUUAUGCCCCGCAUGUCAUGCAUGCGAAGGGCUACCGGCGGAUAGAAGAGCAAGCGGCUACGAGCAUGCUCGGUUCAGCGUGUACGGGACGCGCAAACGCCGAGCGCCUACAGGCCCCGUCCGAAGCUUUGUCUAUGCCGCGAUCCCGGCGCUGCGAGGCGUACAGGGUAUAAAGGGCGGAGGCGGCGGGACGGCUGGGCAUAUUGCUGCUCAACACCCUUCGACAUGUCCUCCGCCAUGAUCGCCACCUCGUCGUCCGCGCUCGCAUACGCGACACUCGCAGAGCUCUCCACGGAGAUGCAGACCUUCGACGCCAUCCUCGAUAACACAGGCGCUUACCACACUUCACCUCCAUCUCAUCCAGCACUCCCAGUCGAGAUCAUGCUGCUCAUUCGGGAGGAACUCCAGUCGUCGCUCGUGUACCGAGCUGCCGACGACGCCGUCCGAGCACUCGACACCUACGAAGCAGCCGUACGGCGGUCGCUCUGCGGCGAUUGCCUGGCGUACAAUCAAGACGUAUUCGGCGACGACAUCUGGCGGUGGAGGUGGUCGGGCCCGUGCGCGUGCAGGGCGGACCGAAGGAGGCGCCACACUCACCGCGAAACGCGGCCAUUCCGCACCCUCGGGGACUGGCUCGAACACCACCUGUCCUCCCGCACUCCCGCGUCAUCCAUCCGCGAAGCCAUGUCACUUGUCCUGGGAAGGCACGGCUGCCAGUCGUCUGCUCUGCUCCCCUCAGCCGCCUCCAGCGUAGGCACGCUCCCGGAGACAUUCGUGAUUACGGCUUCGCCGUCAGCUGUCGCGCGCUGCCAAGGCAGGAUCGGCGAAGACACAGAGUGGUGCAGCGAGAUCGUGCUGCGGAAGGCGAGAAGGGAUCUCGGGCUGGCCGUUGCGGCGAGCUUGGACUUUGCAUUGCAGAAGAAGAUCGACGCGCCAGGAAACCCGAUGACGAAGGAGCCUGUUCGACAACACUCCACGAUUCUCCCUUCGUACGCGCUCAGUGCGGUGGCCGGCGGUUGCGCCGCCGUACUGACGCUACCCAUCGUAUCCAUUGCAUUCGUGGUGCUUGUGACAUGUCACUACGUGCGCCCGUCUGGCGUUCGGGUAUUCUGAUGGAUCAACAUGGGUGUGGAGGUCCGUGUACGGUCGUUGGUGGCAGGAAAGGAUACCAGGUUUCCGAUGGAAUUUCCACAUAGGAUAGGACAGAACCCAAAGGAUACGGAAUACUGUACGCACACGAGAAUGUCACAAACGAUGCAUUCGUUCCAUCGAACCGUGUAGUGAGGUCAAUAGGCCAGCAGGGCUCUUCCCCUUCCGCGCAAGUCAGCCUGGUAGUAGCGACAUGGCGCUCGUGUAACCAUAGGUGACGGUCUGAGCCUAUAAAAAACGCUUAUGAGAGCACAUACGAAGGACUUGGAUACCCUCAGAGACGGCAGCUGCGUCCAUUCAUUCGAGAUUUUGCGAUGACGGCGAG